CUUUAUAUGAGGGCUCACUACGGCGGCUGGGAAGAGGACAAAUGUGGGCUCGGGCUGUGUGGCUAGGCCUGCGGGCCUCUGUGGGCGGGAGCCGGGGCUUCACCUCCCAGGCAGGUCCUCAGGGAAGUGGCCGGCUCACCGCCGAGGUUAUCGAACACCUGGAGCGUCUAUCGCUUGUGAGCUUCGGCAGCCAAGAGGCCGUGGAAGGUUUGGAGAAAGCCAUCGCCUUUGCCGACCAGCUGCGCGCCGUGGACACGGACGGGGUGGAGCCCAUGGACUCAGUACUGGAGGACAGAUGUCUAUACUUGAGAUCCGACAAUGUGGUAGAAGGCAACUGUGCUGAAGAACUACUACAAAACUCCCGUCGAGUUGUGGAGGAGUAUUUUGUGGCCCCCCCAGGUAAUAUCUCUUUGCCAAAGCUGGAUAAAUAAGAGCCCUUCUCACAUGGCUGAGUAGCUAUUCUGGGAAAGGGGUACCCCAUGAACACAUGGAAGCACGAUAGUAUUUUUGUUAUGAACACUGUUUCUACUUCCUUCAGUAAUCUGAAAAAAAAAAAUUGUUGGUUAAGUAUUUUUGCAGUAACUAACUCUUCUGAAGACAGAAUUGAGAAAGAUCUAGCCAAAACAAGGCAAUGAUUCCUGAUGCUAAUAGAAAUAAAAGGUAUUGUCGAUUUCCAAGGAAAUAGAUCAUGUAUUUACUCACAGGCUGUUUAGUUCAGAAGGCAUUAUCCCUCUUUUUCUCCUCCCAAAAAGACUGUCUACCAAACUGCACUUCAGUGAAUUUUUCUAUUUAGACAUUGCAGCCGAUCACUACAUGACAGCUUUUUUAGUUGCUGUUUCCAUUGACCUAAUCAGCCUUUUAUCUUUACUGAACUCACUUGAAUUUGUCCCUGGGUACCCAUUUCGUUCUGAACAGAGGGCUAACUUUGUGCUAAGUUCUGAAGAGUAUGCAAAGUAGACCACAGCCUGGGAACUCCUAACCUAGAACCAUCUACCAUCUCACAAAGCGAUUAUAUGCAAAAGGGAUACAUUAGCCACACCUACAGUUUCUCUUUCUGAAAAGAACCUAUCAUAAAAGCAGUCUUGGGAUAGCUAACAAUAUUUAUUGUAUGUUUAAAAAUGUGCUAACAGGGAAGAUCUUAUGUUAAAUGUUCUUACCACAUAAAGGAGUAGGGAUGGGAUAGGUAUGUUUAAGGCCUUGAUGGUUUCAUGGAUGUAUACUUAACACCAAACUCAUUGAGCUGUAUACAUUAAAUAACUAUAGCUUUUUACAUGUCAACCAUAGUUCAAUAAAGUGGUUUUGAAAAAAUA